AUGACACAGGUCAUCUCCAUGGUUGCUGCCGCUCCCAAGCAGGCCAUGACCCCUGCUCACUCCCCCAUGGACGCCGUCGACGAGUAUGACCACCGGCCGCCGCGUGCCUUUCGUGUCGUCCCUGACACCCCCGACUCUCCCAGCCCUCGCACUGCCGGCCUGGCUCGAAAACGUGCCGCUUCCAUCAACACGGCCGACGCCAACUAUGGGAGGCUCGAGAAGCUCCAGCUCAGCACCCCUAGCAGCAUGAAUAGCGAAGGCCCCAGAGACAUCUGUCUCUGCACUCCUGCCCCAAAGAUCCCCAGACCUCGAAACGCUUUCAUCCUAUAUCGUCAGCAUCAUCAGGCUCAAGUUGUUGCCCGGAACCCCCAUCUUUCCAAUCCUGACAUCUCCAAGAUUAUCGGAGAGCAGUGGAAGGACGAGUCUGAGGAUGUAAAGAUCAACUGGAAGAGCCUAGCCGAUGAGGAGAAGCAGCGCCAUCAGCGCCAGUAUCCUGACUAUCGAUACCAGCCACGACGCGGCAACAAAGCUCAGGGGGCCCGUACAGGUUCGUCCCCGACUGAUGACUCUGGACGCUGCACCAAGUGCAACGGGCGGUCCAUUGCGACUCCUCGUACCCCUUCUACUCCAUUUUCCGCGCCUUCCACGGCGAAGCCUCCAACCCCGUAUAACCCUACUGUGCGAGACGACCUGGAUCUGGCUCGCCGUGGAAGUUACAGCAGCUCGCCCAGCUCGAGGCUGCGCUACCCCCCACAGCGACCUGGAUACCGAGAAGUUGAUGACUUGAAUCCUGAGUCUCCAGAGGCGAAGAGACGUCGCCGCAACCAGGCUGGGGGCUAUCACGCCGUUUCAUCGCCUCACCAGGGAGUACGAGCGUUGUCGAUGGGGGCUCCAGCUCUCAUGCGAUCGUUCCCCGCGACUCCUUUGCCUGAGCCGGGCUUUCCGAGAUCCAAAUCUGGUCCGAUGGGCCCUCCUCCACGACCAGGGCCAUGGCCUGAGCAGAGCCAUGGUCGAUACACAUACGAUGAGUCCCUUCGACUGCCUCCUCUGCAGACGUCUGUUCCUAUGUCGCCAAGUGUGGCGACAGAAGUCGACGUCCGACACCUCAACACACCCGUCACUGGCCUCGGAAUAACCGGUGCUCGAGAUCCCCAGGCUCGAAGCGUCGAAGCCAUGGUCAUGUCCAUUCCGUUCACUCGAAAAUUGUCAGUCUUGGCUCGAAUCAAUCACACACCCAUCACUGCUCUUGACCCCAGCAGUCAGGGGUUGGCGAAUCGCGGGGCGGUCAUCGCAGUCGAAGGACCUAAGCCGAGAAUGCUCAAGCAAGUCGGCCAGCUGGUAGAGAAGGCCAUCCUAGCAUCCAACGAAGUACAUCUCAAGACAUGGGGAAGGGAGUCGGAGGAACCGAAUAACACCGAAAGACGGGACUCUCCGAGUGAGAGUGUAUCCGCGGACGAAAAAGACACGUUCAAGUCAUGCUUCGAGACCAUGAUUCACUGGCACAGGAAUUCCAGAGAAAUCGUGAAGCAUAUCACUAAGGACGACUCGACUUCAGAUUCGAACCAGGAGGACACUGGAUCUCAGGGCUCGCGGCGAGGCUCCGCUGAAGAGAGCGUGGCAGAGCCACAGGAGAAAGGACCAGCUCCCAAAGUGCCGGUGGCACUCAUCAAGGAGGGAUUCAGCCUCACCUUGUCGGACGCUUUUGCGUGUACCGUACCCAUCGCCGACUCGUACGCGCCGAUUGAUCACUGGCAGUGGAUGGCAACUCUCUGGCGCGGCACCAUCGCUCCCGAUCUGGUGGUCUAUGUCAAGCCAAGCGUGGAUGAGGAGAUUACAAAGUUUGGGGCUGUCGAGUUCCACAAGCACCCAGGCCUUAUGAUCGUUCGGAUUGCUGUCGGAAAGGACCUGGACGAAGCAACUGAACGACGAGUCGCGUUUGAAGUGGUUGAGUGGGUACGAGGAGGGUCCUUCCGGGAGGAAGCCUCCAAGGCUUGA